AUGGCUGCCUUCACACCCCUCUUCAUCUAUGGGGUGUGCGCAUUGCUUUUAUCCGCUGCACUCUAUGUUUUAAAAGUUUUUAAGCAAUCAGCUUUAAAUCUGCCUCCUGGUCCGUUUCCUCUUCCGAUCAUUGGCAACCUGCAUUUGCUGGACAUCAGAAGGCAAGACAAGUCACUAAUGAAGAUUUCAGAGAAAUAUGGCUCCGUGUUCACCGUCCAUUUGGGUUUUCAGAAGGUGGUGGUGCUCACUGGCUAUGAGGCAGUAAAGGAUGCCCUUCUGAACACGGCAGAUGUGUUUGCAGACAGACCAGCUAUACCCAUAUUCUAUCACAUCCAACAUGGAAACGGUGUGUUCUUUUCUUCUCAAGAGCUCUGGAAGACGACACGGCGGUUCACCAUAGCCACCAUGCGGGAUCUCGGCAUGGGGAAGCAUCUUGGAGAAGAAAGGAUGCUCGAGGAGCUUCACUUUCUCAUCGAGUUGAUCAAAUCCUUCAAAGGUGGACCUUUCCAAUUACGUUUUUUGAAUAUGGCUCCCACCAACAUCACCUUUGCUAUUCUCUUUGGGAGAAGGUUUGAUUAUGAAGACCCAACGUUUCUCACUCUGUUAAGACUCAUAGACGAAGUUAUGCACCUUCUUGGCUCUCCGUUCCUGCAUUUAUUUAAUUUCUACCCAUUCCUUGGAUUUCUCCUCAAACCUCACAAGAUAAUACUGAAAAAAGUAGAAGAGGUGUGUGUGAUCUUAAAGAAAUGCAUCAAGGAAAGCAAAGAAAGUAUUAAUGAAAACAACCUGACAAGCUACAUUGAUGCAUUGGUAUUCAAACAAGAGCAAAAUAAAAGUAAUACACUUUUUCAUGAUGCAAAUGUAUUGGCCUCUGCGCUCGACCUGCUCAUGGCUGGCACCGAGACCACAUCCACGACAUUGCAAUGGGCCAUCCUGCUGCUCAUGAAGUACCCUGAGAUUCAAAAAAAGGUGCACGCAGAGAUUGAGCGAGUUCUUGGCCCUGGAUCCUUGCCUACCUUUGAGGACCGGAAAAACAUGCCAUUUACCAAUGCGGUGAUCCACGAGGUGCAGAGGUUUGUCACCCUCCUGCCACACGUUCCACGGUGCACCUCUGUUGACACCCACUUUAAAGGCUACUUCAUCCCUAAGGGAACAACAGUGAUUCCUCUGCUCACCUCUGUGCUGCUGGAUAAAACACAAUGGGAGACGCCAGAUGAGUUCAACCCCAACCAUUUCCUUGAUAAGGAUGGGAACUUCGUAAAGAAGAAAGCGUUCUUGCCCUUCUCCACAGGGCGGAGAAACUGCAUUGGAGAAAGUCUUGCCACAAUGGAGCUCUUCAUCUUCUUCACAGGCUUGAUUCAGAAAUUUACCUUUAAGCCUCCACCUGGGGUCAAAGAAUCUGAGCUGGACACAACUGCAGAGGCUGGAUUCACCAUGAGACCCCAUCCACAGUGUGCCUGCGCUGUGCUACGCCCAUAA